UGGGCCGCAGGUCACCCUGUCAGCUAAUGAGUGAUGUAUCAGAUUAAAACCCGCAUGAGAUACAGCCCGCUGGGUAUCGCCGCUGCCAGGUUGACUUCCUCCGGUCCCGCCAAGAACCCGGUCGUGUUUCUGGACAUCGAGGCUGACGGAGAACCUCUUGGAAGAAUAAUCAUCGAGUUGAAUGCAGACAAAGUGCCAAAGACUGCAGAAAACUUCAGAGCACUGUGUACCAGGGAGUAUGGCUUUGGAUAUAAGGGGUGUGUGUUUCACAGAGUCAUACCUGAGUUCAUGUGUCAGGGGGGAGAUAUCACCAACUUCAACGGCACAGGAGGGAAAUCGAUAUAUGGGAAAUCCUUCAAAGAUGAAAACUUCAAAUUAAAACACACUGAGUCAGGAACCCUGUCAAUGGCUAAUUCAGGGCCAAACACCAACAACUCACAGUUCUUUAUCAGCACGACUAAAACUGACUGGCUUGAUGGUAAACAUGUGGUGUUCGGGCAGGUUAAAGAAGGUAUGGACGUGGUCACAAAGAUGGAAUCCUUUGGUUUACACGAUGGCGGUGUGAUAAAGAAAAUUGUCAUAACUGACUGCGGGGAACUCAAGUAACACCUAAACUCACACAUGGACUUCUGUAGAGUGACUCAGCGUGUAACAGUUUAAUAUUUACUUUGCCUUUGCUCAUGUUUUUAUUGCACUUCCAAGGAGGAACUGUCACAGGUGAUUCAGUGAUUCAUUUCCUCACUAAAAUCUGA